UGAGCCACGAGGCCUGCUACGGGUAGCCCGGGCCCACUAGAAUGCGCUCCACGACGGCCCGUCCAGCCGUCAAGCCCCCCUCCCCCAAAUCUCACCGGAAUCCUCCGCCGCCGACGGCCACCGUCCACACCGCGGCCCGUAUACCGCCUGACUUCCGCGAGGCCGGCCUGUGGCGCCAGCGCUGGGAGGAAUGCAGGGGAAGCUCGAGAUCUGGCGAUGCAUCGGAGUAGGCGACCGAGCCGCCGACGGGGGCCAGGCGAGCGCUGUUCUUUGCCGUGGAGGAGCGACGCGUCGAGGGGAGGCUCCGGCGAUUAGCCACUACGAAGGGCAGCUCGGCAACUACGCAGGCAUUGCUAGUCCAAAGUUGAUUAUCAGUAUGUGUGCACAAUCCAUCAUCAGGUCAGGCAGGAGGUGAAAUCUUCACAAGAUAAUCUAGACCUAUAUGUUUUCUCAGCUUGUGGCAGUGUUGGGGAAAUGGUUUGGGUAUUGCCGCCUGGUACAACCUUUUCUUUUUCUUCUGUACUCCCCCCUUCCAAGUAUUUUCACUUUUGGCAACCUAAGAAAUAAACCACCGUGGAGAAAACUGGGAUUAAGCAAGUAGUGCUGGUCUGUGCGGUGCGCCGGUGCCUAAAUGCCCACUGGUUGCCGUACGUACGGCUUAGGUUUCCUGAAAAUUGAGAGAAUAAAAAGGUCCAGUGCUUUGCGUCUGCUCUGAAUUACCCAUUAUAGUCUGUCUAACUCAGCAAGUCAGCAGGAUUCUCCUUUCGGAUAGUUUAUUAUCUGCAUAUUGCGUAUUGUUUUCUUGCUUGUGUGUAAACAUCUUCCCUUAUUAAUAUGAGGUUACAUCUUUUGCUUGAGUCAGCACGUUUACACAAUGUAUCUCUGUUAUUCAUAUUUUUUAAUGUUUAUUGGUAUAUUCAUAAUUGUAUGAUGUGAACAAGUAGGCGUAAUUUAUUCAAAUGGAUCCGUGUAGCUUCCCCUAGCUAGUGUAGUACUUCCUCUGCCCCAAAUUAUAAGACGUUUUGGUAGGCACGUCUUAUAAUUUAGGACGGGGGUAGACGGGUAGUACUAUUUGACAAUCAGGCAGCUGUUGGGUUGAUCUAGCAAUUUCUCAUCCUGAAAACAGUCCUAAUACCUGCAUGAUCUGAGUUUUAACUAAUGUAGCCCUUUCCUUGGAUAGGGGAAUGGAAAAAUAUAUGUGAAAUCUCAGCAUAGCAAGUUCACUGUUCUUUUCAAAGAAAAUGAAUUAAGUGUUGGGCAAUGAUGUACCCAUGUGGGUGUUUACUUAUGGAAUGCCACAGACAACGCCGAUCAGCAAUUUAGCAAUGGUCAUGGUAUGUGCGGACUAACUGAUGCUUAAAGCUGAUAGUUUGCCAUUUGCCAUGGUGGUUCCAACUUGCUUGUUUUGUUAGUUUGUCCUUGGUGCGUAGGAUCCUAAGGAGUAUUAAUUAAGAAUGCUCCUUUUUUUUUCCUUGAAAAAAGUAGUAUCGUUGAACAAGUAUGCUUGAUUUGUUCAACCAUAUUGUAGCUGUCUUAACAUAGUGGAAAUUAGAAGAUGUUACGUUCAAAUAUAUAUAGAGUACUAUUAUUCAUGACGUGGUUUAACGAAAACGCUGCUGCCUGGCCGGUCGCUGCUGCCCACUGCUGCUUUGUUCAGCUUUUUCUUUUGACGAAAAGUAGCCUGUACAUGAGGAUAUGUAGUACUCCCUCUGUAAACUAAUAUAAGAGUGUUAGUUUACGGAGGGAGUACAUCUGUAUCAGAGUUCAGAAAUAGAUAGAAGAAAUUUAGAAAAGAAACCACCAUCUUCAGCUCAGUUCAGACUCGUCUCCGCUCUGUGUCAUCCCCGUCCCCGUCUUGAUCAUCAUGAAUCACGGAUGAAUCGCCUGACCUAGAAAUCGUCUGCAGUUUAAUGAAAACGGGGCGACUGCAUUUUAGCUGAUCUGCAGAAAAUCUGAGUUUCUUAGCUGGAAUGAAGCUAAGGAGUCUCUUAGCUGGAAUGACUUAUUCCUGGCGUUUCUCUUUAUGCAUCGUAUAAUAGAGUUGAUGCAUCGUGAUCAUCGCCGAUGCGAGGAUGGUUGGCUUUUCGGCAUCCACCACUUGUGCUCUCCUCCUCCUGCUCAUCUUCUUCUUCUACCUUCCUACUGUUGCCAUCUCCUUGUCCUUCAACUACUCCACAUUCAGCUCAGCGGACCAGAACGCCAUCAAGAUCGAAGGCGACGCAUCCUUCAGCGUUGGAUGGGUCGACAUCAGCGCCAACAGGUACGGAAGCAUCGACUACAGCAAUGGCCGGUACACCCCCCAGCCGAUGCUGCUAUGGGACAGGGCGACCGGCGAGGUUGCCAGCUUCACCACGCGCUUCUCGUUCGUCAUCUCCGGCAACAUCAGCAGCAAGGGGCAAGGCAUGGCCUUCUUUCUCGCCGGCUACCCGUCCAGCCUGCCAGCCCGCUGCCCUGACUACAACCUCGCCCUCACCAACCAGAGCGCGGAUGCCGUGCCGGCCGGCGACAGCCGGUUCGUGGCGGUGGAGUUCGACACCUUCAACAAUACAGUGGUGUCCGACCCCCACGAUACCUUCGACCACAUCGGCAUCGACAUCAGCUCCCUCCGGUCGGUGCGCACACUGACUAUGCCAAGCUUCGAGCUGACGGGCAACCUGACUGCCGACAUCAACUACGACAAUGUUUCCAGCAUCUUGUCAGUGACGGUGUGGCUCGGUGAUGAUAACGAAGGCAAGCCAAGAAACAGGAGUUACAACCUUCGCUCCAAGGUUGACCUCAAGAGCGCACUGCCGGAGCAGGUCUCGGUCGGCUUCUCCGCAUCCACAUCCAACGCCAUCGAACUGCAUCAGCUACACUCUUGGUCCUUCAUAUCUUCAUUGGAACCGCCGCCGCCGCCAGCAGCAGCAAUAUCUUCCCUGUCAAGGCUGGGUCCGGGAGUAAUAGCCGGGGCAGCUGCUGGUGCAUCAGUGUCCCUCGUGCUCAUCUUCGCCGCUACAGUGGCACUCGUUGUGCGUCGCCACCAUCAACAAAAAAUGGUGGAGAUGGAUGAGUACCACACAGACUCGGAAGGCGAAGGUGACCCGAUGAUGGAGAUCGAGAUGGUGAAGGGGCCAAGGCGGUUCUCAUACCACGAGCUCGUGGAAGCGACGAGGAACUUUGCCGCGGAGGAGAAGCUUGGGCAAGGUGGCUUCGGUGCGGUUUACCGAGGCUACCUGAGAGAGCCAGCUGGGCUUCCCGUGGCCAUUAAGAGGUUCUCCAAGCAUGAUUCUUCCCUGCAAGGAAAGAGGGAGUACAAGUCAGAGAUCAAGGUGAUAAGCAGGCUGCGCCACCGGAACCUCGUGCAGCUCCUCGGCUGGAGCCAUGGCCGCGAGGAGCUCCUGCUGGUUUACGAGCUCAUGCCCAACCGCAGCCUCGACAUCCAUCUCCAUGGCAAGCAGGGCACCUUCCUCACAUGGCCGAUGAGGAUGAGGAUAGUGAUGGAGCUCGGGUCCGUGCUGCUCUACCUCCACGAGGAGUGGGAGCAGUGCGUGCUGCACCGGGACAUCAAGCCCAGCAACAUGAUGCUAGACGAGUCAUUUGGAGCUAAGCUGGGCGACUUCGGGCUCGCAAGGCUUGUCGACCAUGCCACCGGGACGCAGACUAUGACCGCAGUCUCAGGGACUCCGGGCUACUUGGACCCCCAGUGUGUCGUCACCGGAAGGGCCAGCACUGAGUCAGACGUGUACAGCUUCGGCGUGGUUCUGCUGGAGGUGGUGUGCGGCAGGAAGCCGAUGAGCUUCACUGCGACCGAUCAGGACCAGCAACAAAAGAACGGUGGCGUGUUCCGGCUGGUUGAGUGGGUUUGGGGGCUGUACGGCCGGGGAUCUAUUCUUGAGUCCGCCGACAAGCUGCUGAAUGGUGACUUAGACGCAGCACAGGUGGAGAGGGUGCUGGUCGUCGGGCUGUGGUGUGCACACCCGGACCCGAGCGCGCGGCCGACCAUCAGAGAAGCCAUGGCCAAGCUCCACUCCAAGGUCGACAAGCUGCCAGUGCUCCCCUCCAAGAUGCCGGUGCCGACAUAUGCUCAGCCACCGUCCGCCUUGGACGUGGAUGAUGGGCUGUCAACGUUGCUGCCAUCGUCCACCAGCACCAGCGUCCCACCGCACACCACUUGUUCCAUCACUUGCAUAACGGAAACAAAGUGCAACGACGCUGAGAUAGAAGACCGGGAAUGGUUGGUGAAGGAAAUCGAACAAGAAGCUUCUGGUCAUCAUGGUAUGGCAAUGCAAGACAAGCCCAAGCAGACAGCAGACACUGGUUUAUCAGAAAGGCUGAAAGAUUCAAGGGCACGGAAUGCUAUUUUAUGCAUCGAGGAUGCAUCGUCGCCGGCGCCCGGGAUGUCUGGCUUUUCGACAGCAACCAUCCUCCUCAUCUUCUUCUACCUCCCUGCUCCUGCCGUCUCCUUGUCCUUCAACUACUCCACCUUCAGCUCGGCGGACCAGAACGACAUCAAGAUCGAAGGCGACGCGUCCUUCAGCGUCGGAUGGAUCGACAUCAGCGCCAACAGGUUUGGUAAUAUCGAUUACAGCAAUGGUCGGGCGUCAUACAACGCCAGGCCGAUGCUGCUCUGGGACAAGGCGACAGGCGAGGUGGCCAGCUUCACCACCCGCUUCUCGUUCGCCAUCUCCGGCGACAUCAACAGCAAGGGGCAAGGGAUGGCCUUCUUCCUCGCCGCCUACCCGUCCAGCGCGCCGGGGGACAGCCGGUUCGUGGCGGUCGAGUUCGACACCUUCAACAAUACGGUGGUGUCCGAUCCCCGUGAGACCUACGACCACAUCGGCAUUGAUGUCAACUCCCUCCGGUCGGUGAGCACGCAGACCCUGCCGAGCUUCGAGCUGACGGACAACCUGACUGCUAUGGUCGAGUACGACAAUGUUAGGAGCAUCUUGGCGGUGACGGUAUGGGUCGGUGAUGAUAGAUCCGGCCAGGCCAGGGACCGGAAUUACAGCCUUCGCUCCAAGGUUGACCUCAAGAGCGCACUGCCGGAGCAGGUCUCCGUUGGCUUCUCCGCGUCCACAUCCAACGCCAUCGAACUGCAUCAGCUACGCUCUUGGUCCUUCAACUCUUCGUUGGAACCGCCGCCACCACCAUCACCACCACCAGCAGCAACAUCCUCCCCGUCAAGGCCGGGCCCUGGAGUUAUAGCUGGGGCAGCUGCUGGCGCAACAUUGUUCCUCGUGCUCCUCUUUGCUGCCACAGCAGCACUCGUAGUGCGGCGCCGCCAUCGCCAGAGAAUCGUGGAGACGGAGGACCACUACACAGACUCGGAAGGCGAAGGUGAUCCGAUGACUGAGAUCGAGAUGGGGACGGGGCCAAGGCGAUUCCCAUACCAAGAGCUCGUGGAAGCGACCAGGAACUUCGCCGCGGAGGAGAAGCUUGGGCAAGGUGGCUUUGGUGCGGUUUACCGAGGCUACCUGAGAGAGCCAGCUGGGCUUGCUGUGGCCAUUAAGAGGUUCUCCAAGCAUGAGUCCUCCCUGCAAGGGAAGAGGGAGUACAAGUCGGAGAUCAAGGUGAUAAGCAGGCUGCGCCACCGGAACCUGGUGCAGCUCCUCGGCUGGUGCCAUGGCCGAGAGGAGCUCCUGCUGGUCUACGAGCUCAUGCCCAACCGCAGCCUCGACAUCCAUCUCCACGGCAAGCAGGGCACCUUCCUGACAUGGCCGAUGAGGAUGAAGAUAUUGCUAGAGCUUGGAUCGGCACUGCUCUACCUCCACGAGGAGUGGGAGCAGUGCGUGCUGCACCGGGACAUCAAGCCCAGCAACGUGAUGCUGGACGAGUCCUUCGGAGCCAAGCUCGGGGACUUUGGGCUCGCGAGGCUUGUCGACCAUGCCGCCGGGACCCAGACGAUGACAGCAGUCUCAGGGACUCCGGGCUACUUAGACCCCCAGUGCAUUGUCACCGGCAGGGCCAGCGCCGAGUCCGACGUGUACAGCUUCGGUGUGGUGCUGCUGGAGGUGGCG